GAGAGAGAGAGAGAGAGAGAGAAUGGAAAUGUGGGUUUAGGAUUCAAGCUCCAGAAAAAGGUGUUCAUAUAUUUUGCAAUUUUUCGUUGAUUUAAUUCAUGAGAAUCUGUGUCGAUUUGCCGAAUCUGCUGAAAAACCUGAACUGAUGUCCUCGGCCAAUGAGCACGUUUUGAAAUCUGUUAAACUGGAGCAAGAUUUUGGCAGAAGCCAUUUGCAACAAAAUGAGGUCACCAACUUCAGUUCAGCUCUUCAUGAAGAAUCGAAUUCCCUUGGUAGAAGAAAUGGUUCUGCAAGUGUGUUGGAUGAAGAACAGACUCCAGCCCGUGAUUCGAGUUUUGCCUCAACGUCCUCAAUAAGUCCAGCCCCCAUUUGUCGGCAGUUUUGGAAGGCUGGAAACUAUGACGACAGACUUAAUUUGAAGCCAUCAUCUCAAAAUAGCACUGGUUAUCUUCGGAUUCAUCCCAAAUUUCUUCAUUCUAAUGCCACAUCACAUAAAUGGGCCUUUGGUGCCAUGGCAGAAUUGCUUGAUAAUUCUGUGGAUGAGGUAAUCGUCUAUAAGAUAAAAAAUGGGGCGACCUUUGUCAUGGUGGAUAAAACUUCAAAUCCUAGGGAUGGAAUUCCUGCUUUGUUAAUACAAGAUGAUGGUGGUGGUAUGGAUCCUGAAGCAAUGCGGCGUUGCCUUAGUUUUGGGUUUUCAGAUAAGAAGUCGAAAGAUGCUAUCGGACAGUAUGGAAACGGGUUUAAGACCAGCUCUAUGAGACUUGGGGCUGAUGUUAUUGUCUUCAGCCGUUGCAAAAGUUCCAGGAGAUUGACCCAAAGUGUUGGUCUGCUAUCUUAUACGUUUUUAAUGCAAACAAGACAAGAUAGAAUAGUUGUCCCAAUGGUUGAUUAUGUGUUUGACGCUGGUAGUAGCACAUGGAAAACAUUACACAGUGAACAACAACUUAAGAAUAAUCUUUCUAUCUUGUUGAAGUGGUCUCCAGUCACCACAGAAGCCGAACUUCUGAAGCAUUGUGAUGACAUAGGCCCCCAUGGUACCAAGAUAAUUGUUUACAAUUUAUGGCAAAACGAUGAAGGAAAACUGGAACUUGAUUUUGAGUCAGAUAAGGAGGAUAUUCGUUUAUCUGGUAAAGAUAACGUUACUGCAAGAGGUGCUUCUCGGAAGGACACAAAUGAAAACCAUCUUGCUAACCGUCUUCACUAUUCACUACGUGUACAGUUCCCAGUCAUGUGGCAUUCAGUACAACUGACCUCUAAAUACAUUGUAUCGAGUAAAAACACCGAGUAUCAAAUCAUACUAUCAGCACACUCCAUGUGUGAAGGGUCGGACUCGAAGAAUUAUUGCAUGGAUGCAUAUUUAUCCAUUUUAUACUUACGAGCACCAGAGAACUUCUGCAUAUUAUUGCGUGGACGAGCUGUUGAGUAUCAUAACAUUGCAACUGAUCUCAAAUAUCCUGAAUUUAUAUUGUACCGACCUCAGAACGUAGAGGGUUCGGUCCUGACAACAAUUGGCUUUCUGAAGGAAGCUCCAGCAGUUAAUAUUCAUGGCUUUAAUGUCUACCACAAGAAUAGAUUGAUACUGGAGUUUGAGAAGACUUCAGUUUUCCAAAAGCUCGAAACCCGCCUGAAAGAAAUGACACUAGAAUACUGGGAUUAUCAUUGUGGACUCCUUGGGUAUCAUCAAGUCAUUAAAGCACCUCGACCAGGCACGAUACCUAAUACCGCCUCCAGUUCUGCGCUUAGCCACGGUAUAUAUAAACCAGUUGUGCUGGGCAAAGAUAUAGGUGCAAAAUCAUCUUUUGCAGCCGGAGCUAAAAUGCGUGAAAUAGAUGUCCCAUCCAAUCACGUGGGGGCAAAAUCUGGGAGGACCUUACUGUCUAGUCAUCAAAAUUCUCUUGGUAAGUCAAAUAUUGAGCAUGCUAUUGAUUCUGCAAAACAGUUGAAUGACCAAGAAGCUGCUAAAAUAAUUGAAGAAAAUCGAAGUCUCCGUGCCCAGUGCCAUGAGUUUGAGAAGGCGGGCGAAGAACUCGAUCUCAAGUUGUCGCGUUUAACGGAAGAAGUACGAGAAGCACAGCGCGAGUAUGGCCGACUACUGCUAGAAUCGAAAUUAUUGGAGAGAGUUACGAGGGAAAUUAGACAAACAAGACCUGGUGACUAGUUGAAAUAAUUGCAUCAAAAAACUCGUCUUGUGUUGUUUAUGUAAUUGUUUCUGUACUAAGGUCUUUGUUUAUUUGUUUCUUGCUGUGGUUUUGCUCCUUAGUUUAAUAUCUUUGAUGACAAUCUUUAUAUUAUCGUGCUAUUAUCGUCUAGGGGAAAUAGGUCAUAUGUUUCAUUUAAUCUUGGGUAAGAAUGACCUAAAGAAGAAGAGGAGCUUAGCACAAAACUAGGUGACCUUUAUGGUCUAAUGACAUCUAGUUUUAUUAGUUUUAUUUUGAUUUUGAUUUAUAAUUUUUUUUUUUAAAAAACUUCUCUGUAUAUAUUCUGGUUUCCAACUUUUAUAUCCGUUAUUUGUUAUUUUGUUUGAUAAGAAACGGACAAUUUAUAUAUUUAUUUCGAUUGAUUGAGUUUGGAGUUUGGACUGUUUGGCACUGUAAUUUUCAGUUGAAGUCAUG